AUGAUGCUGGAGGUGGAGAUCGGGUCUGUGCAGCUGGUGGACAAAGGGAAAGCAGCAGUCAGGCUCUCCGGGACUCGAUUUGGGACUGGGUUAGCGGGUUCCUCUGGGUUCCGCGAGGAACCCAGAUUUGGGACUGGGUUUGCGAAACCCAAUAGCUGGGUUCGCAAAACCCGCUACUGGGUUCCUCAUGGAACCCCCUUGCUGGGUUCGCAGAGGAAGAAGGUUGAGAAAGAGGAAAGGGCGGAGGGAUAAGAGAGAAGAAGGGAGGAAGAAGAAAAAGAGGAAGAAGAAAAAGAAUAUAAUAAUAAUAAAUUAUAUGAGUCUUU